AUGUCCGCCUACCAACCUCCCUCCGCAGGCGGUUCCUCCUCGCAGCAAGCCUCCGGCAGCCAAACCGGCGGUCAGAGCAGCGGCGGCGGCGCAGGAGGUUACUCCGGCUUCAACAUCACGGGCAGCAGCAACUUCGAGGACACGUCGCGGCCGGUGCACUAUCUCUGCGGCGACUGCGACCAGAAGGUGACCUUGAAAAAGGGCGAUCCGAUCCGCUGCAAGGAGUGUGGAUAUCGGGUGUUGUACAAGGAGAGGACGAACCGCAUGAUCCAAUUCGAGGCCCGUUGA